AUGACGAUGGUCAUUGAAAACCAGAACCGCCAGUACGGCGGCGGAAUGGGGUUUGACAGUGUCUACCAACAUGGCGUCCCGCAUCACGGUCAACCACCACAAUUCACAGACCCUUGGGCUGCCGCCCAUUCUUCGUCUCACUCGACGCCCCCUGUUUACCCGGCUCCCGUGGGCAUCAAACAGGACGAAAACAGCCGCCCGUCUCACAUCUCUCUGCCAUAUUCCGUGCCUGUUUCUGCUCCUUCCAUGGUCGCCGGCAGCAACUACUCGUCCGCCACAUCAUCCACCAGCUAUCCCGCUCCUGACAUGAUGGGCCUUGCCCAUGACAUUCCCCGGACCACUUUUGAACAGACUCCUGCGUACACCACUGCCCCUUCGAUUAGCAGCUUUGCGCCUGCCAGCUAUGCACCGAUCAGCUACGCAUCCCCUGUCCACCAGGACAACCGUAGGAUGUCUCAUGCUGAGGCUUCUCGUGUUGCCCCAGCACAACCUGGAGCUGGCCCAACAUUCGGUGAUGCGCUUGAUGCUAGCCGUGGAAUGGUGGCGCUCAGUCAGGACAUGACACCCCGAAACAUUUAUGGGCCUCGAGGCUCGCGAGGUUCAGGAGAUUCGUAUGGAUUUCCCCUGGCACACUCCGCUGGUUCGUCUAUCUCAUCCGCCAACUCCUACCCAUACUACAGCGCAUCCGUGGGUUCUGUAGAGUCAUCAGUCACCGACUACAGCUCAACAACUUCAGAGUCUUACGAGAAUGGCCAUUUGUCGCGCACACUCCCACGACCGUCCACUCUUCUGACUGGCAGUGCUCCCCCAGGCCCGCAGUCCAUGAUGAGCCAGUUUAGCUCAAAGAUGCCGUCCAACACCCAGAAGAAGCACAAGUGCAAGGUGUGUGACAAGCGGUUUACCCGACCAUCGUCUCUACAGACCCAUAUGUACAGUCACACUGGCGAGAAGCCAUUUGCAUGUGACGUGGAGGGCUGUGGUCGACACUUUUCCGUUGUCUCGAACCUGCGCCGCCACAAGAAGGUCCACAAGGGUGGAAAAGAGGGUGGUUCUGGCGAUGACGAAGAGUAA